AUGCGCGGCUUCAAGCACGGUGGCCGUGGCGGCCACUGCUCACUGCGCAAGGUGGAGACGACGGCAGUGACGCCGUCGUCGGCAGAGGAGCCGUCAGGAGUACCGGGCCGCUUCCUGGUCCGCUGGGAGGGCUACUCGGCCGCGAGCGACUCGUGGGAGCCGGCCGAGAGCUUCCUCCACCCUCUGCCGAUCGAGCUCUUCCGGGAGGCGGAGGAGGGGGAGGGGUCCGAGAGCGUCGCUCGGCGGCUCGAGAGUGUCGCGGCGGAGGCGGCGGAGCGUUUGCUGCUCGAGACGGUCGCCACGGUUGCCCACCUCGCGUCCUAUCUCUCGGCGCGAGACUUGUGCUACCUCGCAAAGACGUGCCGCGCCGUCUCGGCGAGCCUGCCCUGGUCCGAAGUUGCCGCUCACGCCGCCGCCGCGUCUGGUCUCGGAGGCGCUAGCGGCGUUGGCUGCGCGCGCAGCAUGGCCGCGUGGUACGCCAAGCACUCGCUCGCCAUCGAUCGCGGCACCGCCUUUGGCUCUCGCCUCUCCGGCGCCGGCCGCACUUGCGCUGAGCUGCACCUCGGCGGUCCACAACAUGGGUUGAGGGCAGCGGCGGCCGAGGCGGCGGAGGAGCAGGAUGAGCUCUCGCUGCGGCCGAGCUUGUACCGCGUCGCCACCGCGGUGACGUCGGUCGGCUUCUCGUCGCGCCUCGCGCGCUCCAUCUCGUGGAGUGUCCGGUUGGUCCGGCUGCCGCAGCUCGACGGCGUCGGCCUCUGGCUCGGUGCAUGCUUGCACGACCGCGCGCGGCGAAGGAGUCCCACCCCGUAG